GGGGAAUGUCGGACGAGGUGACGGAGAAGCAGCGCUCGUCAGGCUGGGCUGUUGGGCGCAACGAGUCUGCGAGGUGCUGUACACGGGCCGCGCCGCGCGCCGACGCUGUACACGGGCGCGGAAGGCCGGGAGAAGGCGCUCGGGAGGGCCAGCCGGGUGAGCACCUGUAGCCUCGCCCCGUGGCCGCUCGCAGCCGCCGCGGGCUCCCUUUCCCCGGGGGAACCACACAGCGCCAUCGACAAGGCGCUCGGGAGGGCCAGCCGGGUGAGCACCUGUGGCCUCGCCCCGCGGCCGCUCGCGGCCGCCGCGGGCUCCUUUCCUCGGGGGAGCCACAAUACGCCAUCGACAGUGGAAGGGGCCCUUCCGUGUCGAUGGCCGGGGCGACCCCAGGCCUCACGUGCGGGCCACGGCCUGCUCGCCGCUGGGGCUCGCCGCACCGUCGUCGGACGCCUCCCGCGGCGAGAACGCGUCGGAGUCGCCCCGCGGCGCCGACGCCCCGCGCCGGAAGCCCGCGCACUGGUCGGAGAGGAGGGCGACGUCCUUCGCCUCCCGCCGGCAGGCCACGGGCCUGUCCCCCUCAGGGCUGCCACUGCCCCCCAGCGCUCGCCCGGUGCACCCCGCCGCCUCUCCAACGCUGCGCCUCGGGAGAUCUGGCUGCGGCUCCUCCGGGCCGUCACGAGGCCACGCAGGCCUGCCUCCCGGGGCCGCCACCCUUCCACGCCCACCGUGCGCACCGCCUCCUCCCGUCGCUGCGCAUCGUCCGGAACUGGCCGCGGACCCCCGCGGAGCGUCGCCGCAAACUGCCGGAGGUCCUGCAGGAACACGCCGCGGGGGCUCGCAGCCGGGCGCGCGAGGCAGCAGACUUCGGCGGCCUGGGGCAGAGACAGCUGCUCGUGCUUCAUCAGGUACGCGAUGACCACGGCAGGGGACCUCGAUAUGCCGCCCUGGCAGUGCACCAGCACCGCGCCGCUCGCGCGCUGCUGGUGGAUGAAGUCGCAGGCGAAAUCCAAGCGCGAGAGCAUAGACUGGCUCCCGUCGUCCUUGACCGGGAUUCUAUGGUACGCCAGGUCGUCGUGAAAGACCUGCCUGCAGCCAACCGCGCAGACAGCGCUGACACCGCUCCGUCGCAGACGCUCCCUUCUCGGGCAGCAUGCGCAUUGCCCAGGAAGAGACCGUGGCACACGCGGACCAUUGCCCCGGAGGCCCUGGGCUCGUCUCGCCCAGGGCCGCCCAAAGCAGGACACUGCUGACCAGGACUGUGGGAAUUCCACCCCCCUCGCUCGCUGCCGAACGACCUUCGACACGCCGAGCACUUGCGCAUGUGGUCCCGGCACAUCUUGGACUACAAGUGCACCGUGAUGGAACAUGCUUCCGCCCCCGGCUGCAGCGCUCCCGGGCGCGCCGGUGUCCUGGUGCAGCCAAAUGCCCACUUGGGGGGGGCCCUGACUCGCGCCAGCCGCAGCAGCUCCAACUCGGCGCUGCCGGCGCCGGCGGCGGUGUCCGCGAGGUCUCCUCCUCCAGCAGCCGGCGCAGGUGGAGCCUCCUCUCCAUUGCCGACCAGCCUCGGCCCCGCGCGCCGGGCCGGCGGCAAGGGUCAGCGCCCCUCGAGUGGGGACUCCACCGACGGGCACUUUGGCCGACGACCCUGCGAAGCCAACCCUCCCCGAUGUGUGGGCAAGGCUGAGGCCCAACCGCGGCAACGUCCGGCCAAUGCCCCAAAAACAAAAACCCGGGAGUGAGUCCCCGUUAGGGUGCCGCCGAGAGGGUGCCCCGCAGACCCGAGGCCUCGAGGGCGGCUUGGGCCAGGUGGCCACGGGCCCU